CAACCUCCGCUUAGAAUUCUCCAACGAACUGGUGUACCUCAAAGCAUCAGUGAAAUCGAUCAAUGGAUGUGCACACUCACACUUUCAUCGAAGCACUCACCUUCCUAGGAAUCUGGAAAGUCGGUAAUCCUGUCGUAGAGACCUGUCGCCAACGCUGACCAGCCGCACAGGAGAAGGGGAGGAGCAGCUAGGGAUGGAGUGCAUCGUGUGCCUGGAGCCGUACGACGAGGGCCGCCACCGCCCCAAGGCGCUGCCGUGCGGCCACUCGCUGUGCUUGGACUGCGUGGCGAACCCGCAGCUGGGCCGGAAGUGCCCUGAGGACCGCGUGAGAUUUCAUGGAUCAGCUGACACUCUCCCAGACAACAUAACGGUGCUCAGAAUGCUGACGGCACCUGCACGGCCCCCUCCCGCCCCCACCACGGACCACGCCCACCUGGAGGGGCUGCUGCAGCGCGGGCUGGCGUCCGCCGAGAAGGUGAUGCAGCGCGUGGACGACGACCUGACUCGCCACGGUGCCGGGGAUUGGCUGCUGUACCAGAACAGGCUCCAACGGGGGCUGCAGCUUCUGCAGGCCUCGCAGCGAAUGCCCUCGGAUGACGUCAGGAAGAGUCUCUCCGAGGCCGCUCGGCGCAUGCAGGAUGGCGAGCGCCUGCUGUCGGGUGUGGACCGCUGCACUGUAACGGUGCGGGACCGCGAUGGAGUGAUGAGGAGUGCCGACCUGCAGACCGGGGAGCUCCCUGUCUGCCUCUUGCUGCGCCUCCAAGACGGCGGUCGACUUGUCCCGAUGGUCCAGGAGGAGCCACGGGCCCAGGCGCCGUGUCUGCCUGCGGAACCACCGCCCACUACGGCAUCAUCGCCGAUGUCUUCCCCAGCAGUGUCUCCUCAGACGUCCUCACAGGCAUCACCAGCCCUGUCUUCCCCGCCAGCGUCUCCGACCACAUCCUCAGUGUCGUCCCCACCAGCAUCACCACCUAUGUCAACCCCUCCGACAUCUCCACAGACCUCGUCAACACCGACAUCAACACUGGCGUCGUCUCCACCGACAUCACCAAUAGCAUCGUCACCACCGACUUCACCAAUAGCGUCGUCACCACCGACAUCACCAAUAGCGUCGUCACCACCGACAUCACCAAUAGCGUCGUCACCACCGACAUCACCACUGGCGUCGUCCCCACCAACAUCACCAAUAGCGUCGUCACCAAUAACGUCGUCACCACCGGCGUCGUCCCCGCCAACAUCACCAAUGGCCUCGUCACCUCCGACGUCACCAGUGGCGUCGUCACCACCGACAUCACCAAUAGCCUCGUCACCACUGACAUCACCAAUAGCCUCGUCACCACCGACAUCACCAAUCGCUUCGUCACCACCGACAUCGCCAAUAGCCUCGUCACCACCGACAUCACCAAUAGCCUCGUCACCACCGACAUCGCCAAUAGCUGCGCCACCACGAGUCACUGAGCGCGGUGCUGUGAAACGGCAAGGCCCAUCAGGUGCACGCGGUUGUGUCAAAAAAUUUCGAUUUGUGUAUUCCUUGGAUGAUUGAGGUGAGACCGUGUCAAUGGCCAUAGAGCGACAACGCAUCUUCCAAUUUUUAUGAAACUCCUGAUUUCAUGUGGGAGCGGGUAGGCUUCAAAUUAUAUCGUCGUCAUUAUGAACAAAAGUUUUAAGUUUGAUUAAACAUUGGUGAAAAAUUCGGAACUCAGAUGUAAUUUAAAUUCUGCUCCAGGUUUCUUUGUGGUCUUAAUUGUCUUCAUGAACAAAUUAGGUUAAAGUUGAGAAAAAUUGUUUUACUCUUAUCAUGCGACUUAUCUUUGAUUGUAGAUACGUAUUUUGAGGUCUAUUUCACGUUGCAGAGAGUCAAUGUUAAUGGAACUUGAGAUUGGUGAAUGAUCAUUAAAGUUUGUUUUAAAAUAUCUUUUAUUCAGAUGCA